AUGCUGGACCGCGCAAAGGACAUGGUCGACCACGACGUCUUUCUGCAACUGCUCGAGCUUGACGAGGAAGGCGAAACCGAAUUCCUCGAGGGAAUUGCAACAGACUGGUUCGAAGACGCACAAAAGACGCUCACGGGAAUGGACAAGCUGCUAAAGGACAAGAAUCUCGACGAAUUCUCCAAAAGGGCUCACUACCUCAAGGGCUCGUCUGCUCAGCUUGGCAUGAAGAAGCUCUCUGCUACAUGCGCAAAGCUGCAACACUAUGGCGAGCAAUGGGAUGACGAAAAGGACGAGUCACGCAAGACGAACCUUUCAGAAGACGAGGCGCUCGCACUCAUCCCACCCAUGUUCAAACGAGCAAAGAAGGAGUAUAAAGCGGCAGAGGCAUGGUUGAGGCGUUACCUUAAACCUCAUGACGACGGUAGUGGCAGUCCGAGCAAUAGCGAUGGAGAGGCAGAGGAACCAAAGACCCCAAAGGCUGACCUUCCAGAGGUAGAACCCCUUGCGAAGAAGGGCGAUGCUCCUUCGCCGACGAAAUCAACUGAGAAGAAGUGA